AAAGUUUAUGUUGAGACAUUGCUAGUUGUACAGUACCGUACAGUACAUGGUUGGUAUACACUAUAUACACAAAAGUAUGUGGAUUUGGCUAUUUCAGACACACCCGUUGCUGACAGGUGUAUAAAAUUGAGCACACCGCCAUGCAAUCUCCAUAGACAAACAUUGGCAGUAGAAUGGCCUUACUGAAGAGCUCAGUGACCUUCAAAUGGCACCAUCAUAGGAUGCCACCUUUCCAACAAGUCAUUUCUUAAAGUUUCUGCCCUACUAGAGCUGCCCCUGUCAACUGUAAGUGUUGUUAUUGUGAAGUGGAAACAGAACGGGACCGCCAAGUGUUGAAGCGCAUAGCACGUUAAAAUCGUGUGUCCUCGGUUGCAGCACUCACUACCGAGUUCCAAACUGCCUCUGGAAGCAACGUCAGCACAAGAACUGUUCGCCUGGAGCUUCAUGAAAUGGGUUUCCAUGGCCGAGCAGCCACGUACAAGCCUAAGAUCACCAUGCGCAAUGCCAAGCAUCGGCUGGAGUAGUGUAAAGCUCGCCCCCAUUGGACUCUGGAACUGUGGAAACUGUUCUCUGGAGUGAUUCUCUGGAGUGAUUAAUCAUGCUUCACCAUUUGGCAGUCCGAUGGACUAAUCUGAGUUUGGCGGAUGCCAGGAAAACACUACCUGCCCGAAUGCAUAGUGCCAACUGUAAAGUCUGCUGGAGGAAAAAUUAUGGUCGGGGGCUGUUUUUCAUGGUUAGGGCUAGGCCCCGUAGUGCCAGUGAAGGGAAAUCUUAACAGUACAUCAUAUAAUGACAUUCUGUGCUUCCAACUUUGUGGCAACAUGACAACGCCCCCGUGCACAAAGCGAGGUCCACACAGAAAUGGUUUGUCGAGAUCGGUGUGGAAGAACUUGACUGGCCUGCACAGAACCCUGACCUCAACCCCAUCGAGACCUUUGGGAUGAAUUGGAACGCCGACUGCGAGCCAGGCCUAAUCGCCCAACGUCACUAAUACUAUUGUGGCUGAAUGGAAGCAAGUCCCCGCAGCAAUGUUCCAACAUCUAGUGGAAAGUCUUCCCAGAAGAGUGGAGGCUGUUACAGCAGAAAGCGGGGGACCAACUCCAUAUUUAUGCCCAUGAUUUUUGAAUUAGAUGUUCGACGAUCAGGUGUCCACAUACUUCUGGUCCUGUAGUGUAUUUAACUAGACACCCUCAGCUUGGUUUUAUACAUAAGAAUCAUUGCCUCAUAAAGUCACCUCUGACUUACAGAUUUAUGAUCUUAAUUUGAUCACCCUGUUGCAGGAGACCUUUCCUGCAAUGCAGUAAAUGUAAAACUUGUAGUGUAUUCGAGGUUUAAAAGGCUUCUGAAGUUUGACAUUUCCACUUUGAAAUUUCAGACUUGAAUUUCCCUUACGAAUAAUGUUUCAACCCCUACAAAAAUGUCCAUUAAUUUUAAUCCACAUCAUUCACAUGGCCUGUUGCUGGCUCAAAUUACGAUCCUACAUCUGUAGCUCCAGUUGUUUAUGUUGUGUAAAAAAUGACAGGUUUAUAGACAAUACAGUAAUUUAUUAUUUCACUGCAACAGCCUGAAGAAAUACACUAUCCGUUUAAGUGACUAUCAAACUUAAAUGGCCCCUUGAGUGUUCACUGUUCAUUAUGAAAUACACAGUAUUCCACAUGUACAGACACACAGGCAUUUGUGGAUAGGCAAAUACACAUUCUCCCCCAUCAGAGUGUUGUUCAAGGUUAAUGUGGGUAUUAUUGUGCUGGAGGCCUUGGCAAAACAGCAGCCAUUUAAAUGUGCUGCAACAUUUAAGUGACUGGAUAUUUAACAAGUAAUUAGCCCUUCAGGUGAUGCCUCUCCAGGACAGGCAGGUCACCAGUAAUACAAGCCAGUAUUUGACGUUCAUCCAUGUCUGAGGACGUUGGGAGAUGAUGUGGAAACUGUCUAUUAGGGGCAACAGUGAGCACUGUUACCUUCAAGUAGAUUUUGGUUUUGCAAGGACAUUGUGGAUGGGCUUAAGCUCCUACAUCUGAUUCCAAAGGAUGCAUGUUUGAAUCCAGCGAAAGAAAGUUUUUGAUAUUUUUAUUUUAAACCUAUCCCAAACCUUAACCCUUACAUUAACCUUUCAGAGUUAAUGUCUAAACUUAACCCUAACCUUACAAAUGUGGAGUUAAUUCCUAAACUUAACCUUUAACACUUAAAAAUGUGAUGUUUGGAAUAACUUAAAAAUGUGACGAUUAAGACUGUGAGAGCUUGUAGCUCCAGGGAGAUGAAGACCUCUCUCCCAGGGAGAUCUAGAACCAGGGGCUCAAUUAGCUCAGUGAUGCCACCCAUCCUGGUCCUCCUUGCCCACAGUCAGUCAACACCCAUUGAGGGGGAUAUUCAGAACGUACUGCUUUACAGUGAUAGCAGAUUUUCCCUAUAUUUUAUUAUGUAUGUUCACCUACAUAAUGGAGCUAUCCUUAGCAACAUCUGGUGUGACAUUGUAAAUAUGACCUAUUUAUUGAGAUGCCACAGACAAAUGACUUGGAAUCAAACCACAAAAUAUAAUUAAAAAAAAUAAGCUAAUUUAAGUAUUGUCUCUAUCCCUGAAAGUCUCACACUCAUAAGCAUAGAUCUCCAAUCUUGGGUAAAAUCCUGCACUGCUCAUUUUCAUGGGCCAUAUGUAGCAUGUCCAUGGCAAUUAACCUUUCCCAAAAAAGAGCUAGAUUGAGCUCCUGUAAAGUGAUGUAGAUUAAUUUAGAAUGGGACUCCACAAAGCUGGCUGCUGUGAGCAGCUGGUAGCAGACUGGGAGUACCAGAAGUGCACUCUCCAUACUGGACUUUAAAGUAUAUAAUAGGAUUUGUACCAGAUGACAGCAGUAUAAUAAUAGAGAUAGAAUCUCUAUGGUUAUUACCUUCGUAGUACAAGGAUACCUACAUAUAGUAAGCCUUUGAAUUAGAGAAAUAGGUAUUACAAGCACAGGCAGUUCCUGAGUGGAAUUGAUUUGCACAGGGAUUGUUUUUGUUACAUUCAUGUGGUAUUCAUAUGGUACAUGAUUGUUUUCCAUCUUUCUGAUUGAGAAAAACACAAACAGGCUUUAUAUAGUACAUGUAUUAUUGCUACGGAUUAUCAGAUCAUACGAGAGGACCUCAGUUUGUCUCCAUGUAGUAUGUCUAGGAGGUCCUUGCUCUCUCUCUCUCUCUCUCUCUCUCUCUCUCUCUCUCUCUCUCUCUCUCUCUCUCUCUCUCUCUCUUCCUGUCUUCCUCUCCCUCUGUUCUUUCUCUGUGAAGUGGUAACCCCCACAGGACCACAGCAGAGCGCUAGCUGAAAGAGUAAUUAGUGCUUUCAAAGCGACGAUGCUCCACUUCAUCCACAACUCCUGUGUGCCACAGUACUCCACCACCCCCACCGCCACCUCAUCACACUCCAGGCCCCUGUCAUGUUCUCGUCAAGAGCAGCCACACCCAACCCGCUCCCCACCAUUCACACAAGGGUACGCACACGUGUGCACAUGCAAGCACACGCACGCAAGCACACACACUGUCUGAAAGAAACAUUAACCAAAUACUGUCUUCCCCUGUAUCCAACCACCUCAUCUACCCUGUUUCAAGGAGUAAUCCAGCAAGGGUAUCGUUGUUAUCCAGUACAGAUUCAUUUUAUCUGUUGACAUCCCUCGUGAGGCGAGAACAUUACUGUAUAGUAUAUAAUAAGAUUAUAUGAUACGAUAAUAACAUGAUACGAGAGGGGAUAAGCUCAUACUAUGGUGACAAACUCAGAGAGGCACAUUGUUUCUGACAUGUCUGUUAUUUGUUUGGGAAAUCGAGAGUAAAAAACAAAGCUGUUUGAAAUGGAACCACUAUCCAUCACCAGUCAGCACCAGAUCUUCUGAAUUAGAGAGAUGCCUACUGUAACUAUCAUCACAGCCCUGAAUAAAACUCUAUACAGGUGGAUGAGUGGUGUCCCUACACUCCCUACACUCCUGCCUGUGUACAUCUGUGUACAUCUGUGUACAUCUGUGUACACACAGUAUUUGUUUGUACAGUAUAGAAUUCACAUUUGUGUCUGUUGCUAAUCUUCUUGCCACAUGACUGUGCUUACAUCACAACUUGCAGAUAGAUAUAGUAUCUCUGCUUCCUUGUAUGGCUGCUGAUCGGAUUAUUUAAUUUAAUAAACUCAGCACAAAAACGGAAGGUGGAAGGGCAGCCCCAUUUGAAGUGCAGUUCAGUUGAGCUAAAUCACUGCUUCCCUUUAUCAUAAAGCAGAUUAGUGAUCAGUCCACUCUGCUGCUUUGUCUGGGAGAAAGAUUACUGCAAGGUCCUACAGAGCACCACAUGCUGCCGCUCUACUGCCUUUUAGACCAUUACAAUUACAGUAAUGUGGUGGGUUAGGAUGUGCAUUGUUCUACGACCCCCCAGGGGACAGAUGGUGUGGGUUUUGGAUUGGUCUAUCCAGCAUGCUACCUCACAGACAGAGCAGGAAGGAAGUGUGGAAGGAUGAACCAGUCCCACUGCAGAAGGACAUAACCAGCCUUCCCUCCCUCCCUCCUUACUCACUUCAAAUAAGUCAGGGAGGAAGUGUACUGAGUGCCAUUGCAGUAGCAGGCCACUAGAAGGAGUUGUGUGUCUUUAUAAAUAAAUCAACAUGCUAGUCUGGUGUUGAUUCCUUGAGCAGCAACAUUGCCCUUCAAUAUGUCUUCACUGUAUGGAUCAAAUUGAUGAUUUGGGAUUUUACUUGAAAGCUGUUUUACUGAUUUACAGAAUGUCUCUACAGAAUUGACCAUGGCUGUAAUAAUAACAAUUACCUUUGGAAAUGUACUAAAUGGGCAUAUUUUACUCACAUAAACUAUGGAAUUCCAUGCUAAACAAAACAUGUGCUAUCCAAAACGCGAAGUACAUCGGCUGCUAUAUCGACGACACAGCGAAAAGAGCACUUAGGGGAGUGUCCUUUUUUGACUACAAGAAAAUGACGGUCUUCCGUUGCCAGGACAACUGUGCUGAAAGGGGAUACCUGUAUUCAGGCCUAGAGUUUGGGGCGGAGUGCUACUGUGGCCACAAGAUCCAGGCCCCCAACACCUCUGAGAGUGAAUGCAUCAUGCAGUGUAAGGGCGACAAGGGCAACCUGUGUGGAGGGGCCAAUCGCCUGUCCAUCUACAGACUGGAACUGAGCCAGGAGUCAGCGCGCCACUAUGGGAGUGCCAUCUUUAAGGGGUGCUUCCACAGGCCUGACAACGUCACCCUGGCCCUGCCCAUCAGCGCUGUCAUCCAGAACAUGUCAGUGGAGAAGUGUGUGGACAUGUGCACGGAGAAGGAGCUGUCCCUAGCAGUCCUGGCUGGAGACAGGUGUCUCUGUGGGUUCCCCACCCCCCACUUCUCCCUCCAUGAGAUGGAGGAUGAGGACAUGUGCCUGCACCGCUGCCAUGGCGAGGAGUUUGAGAGCUGUGGGAAUGACGAGUACUUUGUGGUGUACCAGACACAGGUCCAAGAUAACCGCUGCAUGGACCGGCGCUUCCUGCCCACGCGUUCCAAGCAGCUGAUUGCCCUGGCCAGCUUCCCCGGGGCUGGCAACACAUGGGCCCGCCACCUCAUAGAGCUGGCCACCGGCUUCUACACAGGCAGCUACUACUUUGAUGGCUCCCUCUACAACAAAGGCUUCAAAGGUGAGCGAGACCAUUGGCGGAGUGGUAGGACCAUCUGCAUUAAAACGCAUGAGAGUGGCAAGAAGGAGAUUGAAGCCUUUGACGCCAGCAUCGUCAUGAUCCGCAACCCUUACAAAGCCCUCAUGGCUGAGUUCAACCGCAAGUACGGAGGCCAUAUUGGAUUCGCCUCGCAGGCCCACUGGAGAGGGAAAGAGUGGCCUGAGUUUGUGAAGAACUAUGCUCCUUGGUGGGCGUCCCACACACGGGAUUGGCUGCGUUAUGGGAGGAAUGUCCAUGUGGUCCACUUUGAGGAGCUGAAGAGGGAUCUGUUCUCCAAGCUCAAGGACAUGGUCCUGUUUCUGGACCUGGAGGUGGCCGAGGACCGCCUGCUCUGUGUAGAGGGACAGAAGGACGGUAAAUUCAAGCGCUCCGGCCUGCGUAAACUGGAUUAUGACCCGUACACACCUGAGAUGCGCACUAGCAUUGAUGAACUUGUCAUGACUGUAGACGCUUCCCUAAAGAAGAGGAACAUGGCCGGGGUGCCGAAGGAGUACCGACCGACUCCGAGAUAAUAUCUCCUCUCCUUUCCCUCUCUCUCUCGCUCUCUCUCCAUUUCUCACUCUGUUCUUCUAUCCCUUUCCUUCAUUCUAGGAUUAAUUAAUGGCAUCCAUGUCCAAAUGGCGUCAAAUUUAAAAGUCAAAUGAACUGAAAAUCAAUGUGAAGGAAAUACGUUUUUAUUUAAUAUACUUCUCUGUUCCCCUCCACUUCUCUGUCUCCUUCUUUCUCACAUCCCUUUCCUUUAUUUGUUUGACUGACAGGCACACAACCGUAUUGAUUAGGACAACAGCAUCAUACUGUAUACUGCUUUAAAAAGGACAUUUAGCUACUUGGCUGAUGAACAUACAUUCAGCACAGCACUCUGCACAUUGAUUUUGAUUUGACCUUUGACAUUAGGAAACUCAAAUACACACCAAUGAAAAGCACUUCUCCCUCUAUGCACGUGUGUGCGUUAUGACUUAACGUGAAGGUACAGUAGCUGUGUUGGAAGCCCAUCCAAGUAAAUACUGGCUGGAUUACUGUCAGCCGACCACAAAAUAAAAUCCCUGUUCAUCGGGAAAGUGAUGAAAAAGCACUGUAAGAAGUCUAUUUAUAUGCAUAAUGUGAAUUACAAAUAGGAUCUGCUGCUGUCACAGAUUAGGAGAACAAAUACUCUUUUGUGAAAUGGUUUGAAAUGUCACAAAACCUUUUAACGUUCUGUCAUUUAAAACUAAAUGCUUUGUUUUGUUAGAGAUGAAAAAUCUAUACCUCCACUUGCUGAAUACAGUAUGUUUGAGAGCUACUAGAUUUAAAAUUAGGAGGUGGUCAAAACCGUACUAUUGGACUUGGAUUUGGUUGGCGAAAACCCCUGUGUCCAUCUAAAAGAGGUAAUGAAUGGGACUGAACACUCAUCUCUCCAUCUACCCCUGUGGACCCACCAUGAGGCUAGAUCUUCACUCUUCUCCUCAUACUUCAGCAGUAUUCUAACAAGAAGAGGUAAUACAGCACCAUCAAACAGCUGCUCUGCUUCUCUGAAGCAGUGGCCUCACUUAAAAUGGUGCUGUAUCAGUCUUACUGAGUCAUUACAUCUGUCCUUUUGGUUACUGGCAACAGCUCUGGAACACUAAAUAAUUAACCCUCCAUAGUUUAUUUUGACCAUCAGGCUCUAUGGAACACUCCUGACUCUUGUCAAGACAGCCUUUUCAAUAACUAGCCUCGACUCAUCGACAGCUUGUUCAUCCUUGGUCUCCUCAGAUGUGGUCAGUGCGCAUGAUACAUUUAUUGUGGAUUUAUUGAAUGUAGUUUUCUGCAAACAGCGCUAUUUUGAAACGACCACUUCUGCUAAAUGACUCUGUGGAACUUGUUGCUUUCCUUAUAAUGGUGGUUUGAAGCAAAAUUACAAUGUGGUGCCUUUUCUGUCAGCUGACUGUUGGCUUUAAGUUGAAAUGUAGGGAAAAUAAAAUGAUUACUAAUAUCAAAUAUUAUUGGUAAUGUGAAUAUAUUAUUGAUGAUAUUUGAUAUUAAACUGUCCGCUUAAUGCAUCAUCUGACACACUAGUGUCGAGAGUGUUCUAGCUUAUGAAACAAAAUACCAAGGAUGUUGUUAUGCAAUUAUUGCAAAUAUUGUGCCAGUGCAAUGUACUGAUCGAACGUUUGAGAUUUCCAUUUGGCUCAUAGAUCUCAAUACAGGCAGGGAAGAGGCAGGGUUAACAAUCAGUAAUAGUAUGCCACCUCACUGUGUGGCUGAGGCACGUUAGAUCAAGACUGUGGAGUUAUCAAGCACACCUCACUGUGUGGCUGAGGCACGUUAGAUCAAGACUGUGGAGUUAUCAAGCAUACCCUGAUAGUUUAACACUUCAAAUCAUACCUUUUUAUGGGGGGGCAGUCAAAUUUGCCUGCCUAUAAUGACUCAAACACACCAAAAUCAAUCAAAAUUCAUAUUUUGUCUCUGUUUGAGCUAAGAGAUAAUGAAGGUUCAUUAUUUAAAUAUUUUCCUUCAUUUAUUUAACUUGAAUAUGAUCCAAAAAGUGUUUCACUGUAAGGUUAAUAAAGCUGUAGUAUGUACUGUAGCUGAACGCUAACUACCCUAAAGGCCCAAAAGGCAUUUAUUCAAGUUAUAGAUGAUUUGAGAUUAGAGUUUUCCCCUCAAUGAUUUUUUUUCUUGAUAUACGAUCCCUGAUCAUUUUUGUUGAAGGUGAGUAAUGCUGAAAGUGACAAACCCCAUAUUCUAGAUUGCUUUGGUUUCGCAAAACAAGCUAUAUAAUAGUCCCAGCCAUAGGUAAUGUGCAACAGAGAAUAGAAAGCUAAAAUACAUCAAAAUAAUCUGUAAGUGAAGCAUUUGAUUUUGUACACCCACCACUUUAUGUUGACUGAUGUAUAAUGUGUGCGUGUCUCUAUUGGUCACAUGUAGAAAGAGUGCAAUGAAAGAAAAAAUUCCUUCCAAAACAUACACAUAUAUUUUUAUAGUACGUGCCACAAAAUGACCAAUAUAUUUAUAAUGCAACAAGUAAAUGGGAGCUAUCUCUUCUAUUUUUGACAUAGGACUUUUUUUUGCUUUCAUUGACAGGCUAGCACUAUCUCGAAAGGGGUGUCACAUUUGAAUGUAUUUUGUAUGGAAUGAAUGUAAUGUGAUUAUAAAUAAGGUAAUAGAAUGGAAGUAAAGGACUGCGAUUCCAAAUAAACAUGCAAUCUGAAAUAAAUGUUGUAUGGUAGUAAAAGUA